CGCAGGCCGCUUACCGUGGUGGGUGCCGGGAAGAUGGUGGAGUGUGGUAUUAUGGCAGUGGUGGCAACGGGGUCAGUUUUUAUCUUUGGUAUAGGGGGUGCUGUGCUCCAUCGGUGCCGGCGUAUUUAGCCAAGUCAGGUGCUUAUAGGGGGUGGGGAAAGCUUGGGUACAGGAGAAGGCUGGAUGAAAAUUGCUUUUUUUCGCUCUUGUCCUGGGGCGGUGGCCGAGAAACAACAGUGCCGGAGUGAUCCUGUUGGGACGGUGGAAGUGUGAGUCUGGAUGCAGUGAGAUAUAGAGGCUGUGGCGAAGAUACGUCUUGGAAUCAUGUUAUCAGUUUCCAAGGCCAUAAGACAUAAGUCGUAUUUAAAAUGCACAGGCUUCCUAGCUGGAUUAGUGUGCUAACAUUCAGGAGUGUUAGCCAAUGUGCUGUAGAAGGACAGAAGGGGACUGACCUAACUAGUCACCUCUGUGUCCUCUGUCCGUCACUGCCAGUCUUCACCUCUGAAACUUUAAACCAAAGAAUGAUGUAUACAGCCCGAUGUUACACCAGCAGACUAAACCAUCGGCCUGUGGGACAUCAAGAACACUAUCAGCUGUACCAGGGGCGGCAUGACGCUCACCGUGGACACCCUCAUUAUCACCAACAACAGUUCUAUUACCACCAAUAUUAUCACACACAGCAUCACUACCAUGGCAAGAAAAAAACGUGGAACUUUAUACAUGAGAAGAUGAGUUAUGAUACAUUUUUUACAAUGAAGAGGUUGAUCGAUCGAUCAAGAACUGUGGAUGAGGUGCUUCGAUGGGUUACUCAGAAUCCAGGGAAAAUUUCAUACAAUCACUACCCAAUUGCCCUGCAGAAAAUUGGACAGAUCCUUCAGCAGGGGGGUACUGGGAGUUGCUUGAAUGGGGACAGCCAUUAUAGCCAAGUCUCAGAGCAGCUGGACUUUCAGACACUUUGCAACUCUAUCAUCAAAGAUUGCUCCAAAUUUGACCACUUCAGCAUUGUCAACUGCCUGUAUGCUGUAGCAGCACUGGGUAGGAAUUUAAUUUUGACAAGUAAUUUUCCCCGUUUAUAUUGGUUACAGUUAUCAGCAGACUUGUUCAGGUCCUUGCAGGAGAAUGGUAAAGAAUUGCAGGACCUAAAACACAUUUAUGUUUCAGUUCCUAAAUUCCAAAGGAAUUACCCAGCUAAAACUCCUUUUGUUAGGAAACAAGUCUGCACUCCUCCUUCCAGAAGUAAAAGGGGUGCUAUGAAACGUACUGCUUCAAAACGCUCUCAACCUGCUCCUGCCCAAAAAACACCUUUUCCAGGCAAUCCAGAGGAGCUCCCAAAGAAGGUGGACAGCAUAACACCAUUCACCAUGGCACUAAUAGCAAAGUACAUUGCCAGACACCGCUUGCGAGAAACCAAACUACUUGAUGCCAUCGCAGAGUUUCUCGUAAAGAAAGGAGAGUACCUUGACAGCAAGGUAAUCCAGAAGCUGGUAUUCCCAUUUAGCAGAAUGAGCUACCGACCAUCUAAUGAGACCAGGUUCUUUGAGGUGCUGGAGUCUGUUCUGGAGCUGAAGGCUAUGAACUCCCCCCUUGCUUCAGUGAACAUCAUCAUGUCUAUGUUUCAGCUGGGACAUUUUCCUAGAGCUGUACUGGAGCAUGUUUUCUCAACUGCUUUCAUCAACAAUGUGAUGAACAGUCCUUAUGCACUAAUUGUUCGACGGUACUUGUCGCUGCUUGACACUGCUGUAGAACUAGAGUACCGAGAUUAUAAGGGCUUGCGGCUUGAGGAACACUAUAAAGUGAUGAUGUUCGAUCAUGCCCUAACUGCAGAUGAGGCUAACCGAAAAUACAGUUACAAAGGACUGGUGGCUGAAGCUCUGAGACAACUGGUGGGAGAGCACUGCUACAAACAGGAUGAGGUCCUUUCCCCUGGAUAUAGCACAGAUUUUUUGCUCUUAGUCAAUGAGUCUGGCACAGUGCUUCACAUUAACAACACAGUUUCUAGUAAAGGUAAUGGUACUCCACUUUGUUCUUCAGUAACCAAUUCAUUACCCAAACCUACUGAAAACACCAGUGGAGAUGUGCAUAGCAGUGUGGCAUCCCUAACUUCUGAGUUCAAGAAGUUCUCCCCAUUUUCUCAUGAAAAUUUUGGUGCUGAAGGACAAGAAAAGGGAGGUGAGGAGAAACUAGAAGUGAAUUUCCUUUCUCACCUUCAUCCUACAUCUGGAACAGUGGGUCGUGGAAACACUGCAACACCUCUUUCAAGUGCACCUAUUGACUAUAACCCAUAUUAUUCUAGCCCAGACUACUACACUAACCUUGCCAAGGAUCAUUCUUUAGAAAGUCAGGAAAGCUCUACCCUUAGUAGUCCUUCCGACUGCCUUACUCAGACAGCUAAUGCCACAGAGUGCUCACCAGUAAUGACUUCUGCAUCCCUCUUCCAGUUCCCCAUUAGGAAGAUUCUCAGUGAGGAUGCCAAGGGUGCUGGACGACCACAGACUCAUGUGCAGGAUCACAGUUUGUUCAACUGUGAGCAGCCUGUUCAUAGCUUUUACAACAGAACUUCAUAUUCAGAAGAUGAGGUGGAGAAAAGGGUGAUGGGACAGGUAGAUGCUUCAAAUCCAACAUCACCCAGCAAGGUCUCCAGUCCCUGUCAGAAGAGCAGCCCUCCAAAAGAGGAUUCUACCUGCAGUGAAAAAGUCAGAAGAGUUGUGAUGUCUGUGAAUGACAAAUGGCAUUAUUGUCACAACUCUGACAUCCUGGUUGGGUCAAGAGCCAUGAGGGAUAGGCACCUUCGUCUGCUGGGAUAUACCAUUUUGCAGCUGCCGUUCCAUGAGCUGGAGAAGUUGAAUGGGAUAGAUGAUGUAAAGCAUUAUCUGCGUCAAAAACUGCUGGAGCUCCAGUUAUGACAGACAAGGACUUUUUUUUUUUUUUUUAACUAUUAAUAUUAUUGUUUUUUAAUGUUAUUUAAAAGAUUUCAACUGUUGGAUGGCUUUGGGCUUUAGAUGGGUAAUUUGUAGGUGGGUGUCUCUUAUACAGUCACUGUUAUCCUUGUGUUGAAGAGCCUUCUAGAGAUAAAUUGUUUGUUUCAUUGUACAGUUGGGUGGGUGUGAAUAUUGGGUAUGGGAUUCUGCUUUGUUUGUUCUUAUGGAAGAUGAAUAUAAAAUUAAUGUUCUGUUUUUAAACAAAGUAAUGAUGCAGCAACUAGAAGGUGGACAUAUUGGGAAUACUGAGGCUUUACUUCUGCAAGAAUUACUUGCCAAAAAGAGAUUGACCUCUUGUUCUCAGUUAUGUAGGUGGAAAGAUUUGUUUGUUCUUAUGGAAGAUGAAUAUAAAAUGAAUGUUCUGUUUUUAAACAAAGUAAUGAUGCAGCAACUAGAAGGUGGACAUAUUGGGAAUACUGAGGCUUUACUUCUGCAAGAAUUACUUGCCAAAAAGAGAUUGACCUCUUGUCCUCAGUUAUGUAGGUGGAAAGAUUUAUUCAGACCUCCUAACACCCCCCCCCCCGGAGGGAAAUGUCACUUGCAAAGUAAGCCUGACCCUCUAUGUGAAGGAUAGUAGCUGCUGUUUGAGAUUUUGGGUAAAAUGAUUUGUGAUGAAUUAUUUGAGGAUCUGGGAGUACAUUUAAUUUAAAAAUGUAUUUUAUCCAAUACUAAGAGCAAUAUAGUUGGGGUGUAGAUGGGGGGGAGGGAUCAGUGUGAACAAUGUAGAAAUCGGAUUGUGACCUCUCUGAACUGUGUUCAUGGAUAGUGUGUGCUAAUUACACCAUCUCUUGAAGACGAUGCAGACUAGAAACGUUUAUCAUCUUUUUUUGAGUUUUUCAUCCUUCAUCAGUGGAUCUCUAAGGUUAAGGGAAUGAAGAAGAAGGAAUGUAAUGUAUCUGCUAAAAUGUUUUGAAGCAGGCUUACAACUGAAGGUUUUAUUGUAAUAUCUUUACUCUUAUGCAGACUCCAUCAGCAAUUACAUUUGCCAUUAUAUAGUUUAGUUCAGAAGAUCCCCUUUAAAUAGUAUUUCAAAUUAAAAGUGAAUUUCACACCAUUCCUUUGCAUAUCAACAGAUGUGUGUACUUAAGAAUGUUUUUUUUUCUGUGGUGGUCAGGAAUCAUGGUCCUCGUCUGUUCUUUUUUAAAGACGCAGUGUCACAUGCACAGGAAUUAUACACUGUUAUUUCAUGCUCACAGGCGUAUAAAUUGUAACAGAUACAAGAAAAAACUUUUCAAAUACAUAAUUCCCAUCUAGUUGUGUGUAUUGACAUCAGAAAACAGGCUACAGAAAUUUUGAUUUCAUGAAUGUAAAGUAUGUUUACUAAUAAAGAUAAAAGUGCAAAUAUCUGGAGAUUGGAGCCCACUGACAAGUUUGUGUGUGUAUGCAUGUUUGCGUACAUGCAUGUGUAGUGCUUCAAUUGCUCUUGGUGAUGGACAUUGUAUUUUCUUCAGUUCACAUAUGCCAUUUUUAGUGUGUUCAUUUAGCAUGUUCAAAUGAGAAAUAAUUGAGAGAAAGUGUGUUUGUCUUUUGUUAACCCACUGAAGAGAGGGUGGUUUGCUGCAUAAUUUAUCCAUCAUUUAUUUAAUUGUCUUUUUUGUUUAUCCUGGUGCAAGCACACACUAAAAAUUAAAAAGUAAUGUUGCAUUGCCUUGCCACCAAUAAAGCAAUAUACACUGACCUAUGUACUUUUUUUCCUGUGUUACUCAGUUUCCUUGAAUAUGAAUGUGAAAUAAUAAUGCACUUUUUGUAAAUGGCUUACACCCCACAUAGAGAUGUAGUGAGCAAAUAAAAGAUGAAUCACUCA